CUGAAUGGAAACCUAGGAAAUGGAAAUGGGAGAGUAGGGAGGGGAACCGAAAAAGACAGAGAGUAAAGAAACAGGAGAACAGAAUUAACACUGCAGGUAAACGAAACAUGAAGAGAGGGCAAAAGCAGAGUGAAGUAGGAAAGGACCAGAAAUGUGGAGUUGCGAUAAACUUGUAGGAAUUCUGGUGGCAAUGACAUGCAAUAAAAUACACAUUGUUGACUCAGAUAUUUCAAAAUCUUUCUGUUUGCUUGUGAACUUGGCAUCAACAAUUGGCCAUGUCCCACUAGACGUGUCCCCCUAGAAUGUGGAGGGUGGUGGAAGGGGGUGGUAGUGGUGGUUUCUCUUUGCUCCCCAGAGCUUCAGUGUGGCUUGGCCAGCUCUGUGGGUACCUGGCAGGAGAAUUUCCUUUCACAUAACCUUCUGCCCUUAGCCCUCUCCUUACCUUCUAAAGUAAUGCACUGCUGCAUCAUCACAACUUCAACACUCAUCACGUUACCUAGAAAGAUGCGUCAGUUUCUCUUUUUAGUUUGAGUUGGGUCUGGAUUUUGAGCUUUGUAGCACCUACCUGGGCUCCCUGAAACACUCUUCAAAGACUCUUUGGGGCAGCAGCUCUCUCUGUGCCCUGUUUAUGAUGUGAACUCAGGCGGCAUUUAGACCAUGUGCAUGCAGCCGUGUGAACCUGGCAUUGACACUAACAAACUCUGCACGGAAAACCUUGCAUUUUUUGGAGACUGUAAUCCAGCACAACUAGGCUUGAAGAUCAGCUAGCGCUUUACUGAAUGGCUGGCCACCUAAACCAGCAACAAAUAAAUCCAAAUAGUGAAAGUAGGUGGAGCGAGUUUCUUUGCUGCUAGCCUUGCUUGGGGAAGACCAGAAGACUUUGCAUGUGCAGGCAGUUGGCGAUAUGGAGAGCAGGUCUCCAGCAGAACCCAAAUGCUAAGCUAUUUGGCAGCACAGUUUUAAGAUGUCAGAGACCAUGAAGAGGCACACUGAGAUAAGAGGGUGGGCAUUGAGUCCAGUUACCUGAAUUAGCAACUGUCUACCAGCCCAGCAGCUUUGCCCAUCUCUCCCUAAGCACGUUACUCGGUCACUCAACACAUAUACUUGUGACUGGUGAGAAUGAGCAAAAACUGUUGUGAAAUCAUUCAGAAAAGGAAGAUAAAAAUUCAGUAGCCAGCAUCUUUACAGUGUUUUUCCAGUCUGGAUUUGCAGACAAUAUCACCUAAGCCUCAGGCUGUUUCUGUGAAGUGAAAACGUGCAGUUAUGCCCAUUUCAUAGAUAAGGAAACCGGUAAAACUGAUUUGUCCCCGGGGGAACAGGAGGCAGAGCUAGGAGAACAGCCUCCUCUGCCUACCUCCUGUCUGUUUUUAAGCCACUUCAUUCUUACAGGAACAUUUCCGUGAAGCAAAUGGUUUUUAGCUGCCAACAACUAUACAAAUACACUUUCAACACCAUGUACUUGAAAUCCGCUGGCACAGUUUGUAUCCACAUGCAAAGUCAACGAUUGGGAGACCAGGUCUCCAGCUGAAUCUAAAUGCUAAGUUAUUCAACAGUGAAGGCACACAGUAUGAUACACCAGUCAGUAAUGAAUGAGGAGAGAGCACCAAAAAAAGCAGGAAUAUGUUCUGAGGCAAUGCCACUAAGGUUUAUGUACAUAUUUUUAAUAUCUUGGCCUGUCUUCAAGGCAGCUUCCUUCUAGGUCAUAUGUGGGCUUCCAGCUGUCAUGUGAAAUAUGUUUGUUGUUGCAUUAGUUCUACAGAAAAGGCACUGCUUUCUUAGAAACUGAAAGAACAGGCAUGGCAGAAUGACUAAUGCCUUUGCAGAAACUUCCCAAGGACUCUGCGAGAUGGGUGCUCAUAUGGCUCCUGAACUAAUGCCAGGGGAAAGACAAGAGUGGUGGUCUAAGCACAGCAGUGGGUUAUCCGCUGGACACAGUGAAGGUGAGAAUUCAGACUGAGAGGCAUUACAAUGGGAUUUGGCACUGCAUUCAGGAAACGUACAGGACAGAAAAAGUUUGGGGAUUUUACAAAGGCAUGUCUGCAUCAGUCCUUACGGUAUCACUGAUUUCUUCUGUUUCAUUUGGCACAUACAAAAACUUCCUUUGGACCAUCUGCAAGCUGCGAUACGGGGCUGCAGAAGCAAAGCCAUCCAAGCUGGACGUUUCUUUGGCAGGAGGUGCUGCUGGUGCUGUCCGGGUUGUGUUGAUGGCCCCUAGUGAAGUAGCUAAAGUUCGCAUGCAGACUCAGAGGAACCCGCAUCCCUCCAUUGCAUCUCCCCAGCCUGUUUCCAAGCCAAAGUACCAAGGAUCUCUGCACUGUCUGAAGGUGAUUGCCAAGGAGGAAGGUUUUGGGGGUCUCUACAAGGGCUGCUCUGCAUUACUCUGCAGGGAUUGCGCUUCUUCUGCAAUAUAUUUCCUUACCUAUUCUGCUCUGUGUGACUGGCUCACACCAGCUGGCAAAAAUAAACCAGGUUUCCUCGUUGUGCUGCUGUCUGGUGGUUUUGCUGGAGUCCUGGCCUGGGGAUUAGCUACUCCCAUGGAUGUCAUCAAAUCACGGCUGCAAACAGAUGAAUUGGACCAGCACAAGUACAAAGGCCUCAUCCACUGUGCUAGGGAAAGCGUGAGACAGGAGGGGGCAAAAGUGCUUUUCAAAGGACUGGGUUUAAACUGCAUUCGUGCCUUUCCUGUGAACAUGGUGGUGUUUGUAACGUAUGAAGCUGUACUGAGAUUUACAGAUCAUUAUGCAAACAAAAAAUAGUUUGUCCCA